AUGAUUGAAGCUCAGCAUGAUGUGGUCGAUCUCUCGAAGGAUGAGCCUCAAGUCAUCGCCUCUCUCGUACGAUAUCUAUACUCCGACAAGUACGACGGCGAAUUCUCGGACGGUCCACCCGUCAAACCGCUCAGCGCUUCAGACUUCAUUGUCACACGUACCGAUGUUCGGAGCCGUGCCCAUGGUCGCAACUACACAUACGCCUUUCCCCAUACUUGCGCCGCGAACUGUCCAUCCGGCAAGUUUUUGUGUCCACACCACAUCUGCGAUGACGACUGCUUCUCGUCCUGCAGAGCCUUUAUUUGCGACAAAUGCUGCUCACGCCGAGGAUCACCUUCUCAGCUUCUCAAUCACUCAAAGAUGUAUGCGAUUGCCGACAAGUACGACGUCAUGGGCCUCAAACAGCUGGCAAGUAAGAACUUCGAGUUUGUUUGCACCUAUCUCUGGAACGACGACGCUUUCCCCGUCGCCAUUGAUCACAUCUUCUCUGCGACCGUUCCUGAGGAUACCGGCAUGAGAAGCAUCGUCAUCCAGACCAUCUCCAAGAACAUGUCUGUUACACACAAGGCGGAGAUGAAGAUGAUGGUGGCAAAGUACAACGACCUGGCCAUUGGUAUCAUACUGAGCAAGGCGGGCUAG